AUGCCCCCCAAGAAGGCUGUCGUUCAAGAAAAGGUCCUCCUGGGCCGUCCAGGAAACAACCUGAAGAGUGGUAUCGUCGGUCUUGCCAACGUCGGCAAAUCCACCCUCUUCCAAGCUAUUACCAAGUCCUCGCUGGGUAACCCCGCCAACUUCCCCUAUGCCACCAUCGACCCCGAAGAAGCGCGUGUCAUCGUCCCCGAUGAGCGUUUCGACUGGCUGUGCGAACACUACAAGCCCAAGUCCCAGGUGCCCGCCAACUUGACCGUCUAUGAUAUCGCCGGUCUGACCCGCGGUGCCUCCACCGGUGCCGGUCUCGGUAACGCCUUCUUGUCGCACAUUCGCGCCGUCGAUGCCAUCUUCCAGGUCGUUCGUUGUUUCGACGAUGCCGAGAUCAUCCACGUCGAGGGUGACGUCGACCCCAUUCGUGAUCUGACCAUCAUCAACGAGGAGCUGCGCAUCAAGGAUAUUGAGUUCGUCGAAAAGGCCCUCGAGAACCUGAACAAGCAGACCCGUCGUGGUGGUCAGAGCCUGGAGAUGAAGAAGCUGCGUGAGGAGGAGGCCACCGUGGCCAAGGUUCUGCAGCAUCUCAAGGAUGGAAACGAUGUCCGCAAGGCUGACUGGGCCCCUAAGGAGGUCGAAACCAUCAACCCCCUGAUGCUUCUCACCGCCAAGCCUGUUGUCUACCUGGUCAACCUAAGCGAGCGCGAUUACAUCCGCCAGAAGAACAAGUACCUCCCCAAGGUCUUUGAGUGGAUCAAGACCAACUCGCCCGGUGACCCGCUCAUUCCCAUCUCCGUCUCCUUCGAGGAGCGUCUCACGCGCUUCGAGACCGAGGAGCAGGCCCUCGAGGAGUGCAAGAACCUCAACACCAAGUCUGCUCUGCCCAAGGUGAUCACCACCAUGCGCCAGUCCCUCAACCUGGCUUCCUUCUUCACCACCGGUGCCGACGAGGUCCGUCAGUGGACCAUCCGCAAGGGCAUCAAGGCUCCUGCUGCCGCUGGUGUCAUUCACACGGACUUCGAGAAAACCUUUAUCCAGGCCAUCGUGUACAACUACGCGACUCUCCGGGAAUACGGAGAUGAAGCCGCCGUCAAGGCCGCCGGUAAGGUCAUGACCAAGGGUAAGGAUUAUGUGGUGGAGGAUGGAGAUAUCCUUCUGAUCAAGGCGGGUGCUGCCCGUGGAGAUAGCUACAAACACCAACACACCAUCAUGUUCAAGAAAGACAACCGCUCGAAGGUCAAGUCCUCCGUGCAGCGCGGCAUCCGCCAGCGCUUCCUCGACACAUACCCAGGCUUCGAGCCGUACAUUGACGAGGUGCUGCCGAAGAAGGCGCAACUCGACGCCGUGAAGCUGUACGCCCUCCCCUCUCCUCUAUAUGCCUUGCCGCUUCUUGCGGAAGAAAAUACCCGCCGAGCAGAGUAA